AUGGCUGAAGAGAGGAAUGGGCAAAGCUGUUUUUCUCCUGCGAUACAGUCUCUGCAGAAAAUCAUGGCUUUUUCAUCUGCUACCAGCAUAGCAGCAGUGAACCUCUCUGACACUCGCACGGCAGGCUGCCUCCUCACUGGCAUCCCUGGGCUGCAGCACCUACAUAUCUGGCUCUCUGUCCCCUUCUGCAUCAUGUACAUAGCUGCCCUGGCGGGCAAUGGCGUUCUAAUUUGCACCAUCCUCUCCCAGCCAAGCCUGCAUGAGCCCAUGUACAUAUUCCUGUCCAUGCUGGCCAGUGCUGAUGUCCUGCUCUCUACCUCCACCAUGCCCAAGGCCCUGGCCAACUUCUGGUUAGGUUCUAGCCACAUUUCCUUUGAUGGCUGCCUCACCCAGAUGUUCUUCAUCCACUUUCUCUUCGUGGCUGACUCUGCUGUCCUAUUGGCCAUGGCCUUUGACCGCUAUGUGGCCAUCUGCUCCCCGCUGCGAUAUGCCACCAUCCUCACGAGGAAGGUCAUUGGGAAGAUCGUUGCUGCCACCUUGACCCGCAGUUUCAUCAUCAUGUUUCCAUCCGUCUUUCUCCUCCAGCGCCUGCACUACUGCCGGAUCAACGUCAUCGCACACACCUUCUGUGAGCACAUGGGCAUUGCCCGACUGUCCUGUUCUGAUAUCUCCAUCAAUGUCUGGUAUGGGCUGGCAGCUGCUCUUCUCUCCACAGGUCUGGACAUCAUUCUCAUUGCUAUUUCCUAUGUCCACAUCCUCCUAGCUGUCUUCCGCCUCUCUUCUCAAGAAGCCCGGUCCAAAGCCCUGAGCACAUGCGGAUCUCAUGUCUGUGUUAUUCUGCUCUUCUACAUUCCUGCACUGUUUUCUGUCUUUGCCUACAGGUUUGGUGGGAAGCACAUCCCACGUUAUGUCCACAUUCUGCUGGCCAACCUCUACGUGGUCAUCCCCCCUAUGCUUAAUCCCAUCAUUUAUGGAGUAAGGACCAACCAAAUUCUGGAAGGCACUAAGCAGAUGUUUUCAAAUAUUGCUAAGGGAUUAAAAUAA